AUGAGUGAAAAAGUCUUAAAACAUUGUGUUCAACACUGUCUUAAUUAUCCCGCUAAUAAUUGCUAUGGGUAUAUUUGUAACGGAGAAAAAUUCAUUGCUGUUUCACAUGCACCUUGUCUUCCUCCACUUAACUCUAUUAUAUAUGAUGAAAUUGCAAAAAUAGGAAUUGAGGCUAUGUAUGUUUCAAGUACAACAUCAACAAUUCCAUACCCAUAUCUAGAAUUUGCUAAACAAAAAUCUAUCCCAAUAAUUUAUUUAAUUUCAUUAUAUAAUCCUUCUAAACGAAUUCAAAAAUUUAAGUUUAAUUCUAACAAUAAGUGGGAACCAACUAUUAUCGAAUGUGAAUUAAAAGGAGUUAUUGGUGAUAAAUCAAUUAAAGAAUUUGAAUCAAUCUAUGAGAAUUCUUAUUAA